AUGGCCGAAGAAGCCAAGAAAUUGACUACUGAAGAGGUGGUGGUGUCUGAUGUUUGUGUGACGGAGACACCCACGACCGCCGUUGUAGAGAAGGAAGCGCCACCGCACCCGGAACCUGAGGCGGAGAAGGUUGAUAAGCCGGCGGCGGAAGAGGUGGUGGACGGUGAGAAAGAGGCGACGACGGUUGAAGAUGAGAAGAUAGCUGAAUCGGGUUCGUUUAAGGAGGAGAGCAAUAAGGUUGAUGAUCUUAUUGACCCACAAAAGAAAGCCUUGGAUGAGUUCAAGCAGUUGAUUCAAGAGGCACUCAACAGGCACGAAUUCACAGCUCCGCCACCUCCGCCGCCGGCCAAGGAGGAGGAGGAGAAGAAACCGGAGGAGAAAAAGGAGGAGGAGAAGAAAACGGAUGAGAAAAAGGAGGAAUCAAAACCCGUAGAGAAGAAAGAAGAAGAAUCAAAGCCUGAAGAGGAAAAAGAGGAAACUUGUGAGGAGGCUCCGGUUGAAGUUCCACCACCAGUUGAACCCAUCAAAGAAGAGAAACACGCCCCGCCACCGGCGGCGGAGCCACAAGUUUCCGUUGUUGAAAAAAUUCAAGAAAAAAUAGACGCCCUUGAAGAAAUCAAAGAAACUAUAGUUCAUGAAGUCACUGCACCAGCCCCACUACCACCAGUCACCGAAGAGUGCCCACCAGCCCCGGAGGUCGAGGAAAAAACACCACCGCCGGAGGAGGUUAAAAUCUGGGGAAUUCCACUUUUGGAGGAUGAAAAGAGCGACGUGAUUCUCCUCAAAUUCUUGAGGGCAAGGGAUUUCAAGGUCAAAGAAGCCUUCUCCAUGCUCAAAAACGUGAUCGCCUGGAGAAAAGAUUUCAAAAUAGACGAACUACUUGAAGAAGGAGGAAUUGGAGAAGGGCUCGAAAAAUUUGCCUAUCUCCACGGAGUAGACAGAGAAGGACACCCUGUAUGUUACAACGCUUUCGGGGAGUUCCAGGAUAAAGAACUGUACAAUAAAACAUUUGCUGAUGGCCAAAAAAGGGCGAAAUUCUUGAAAUGGAGGAUUCAAUUCUUGGAAAAAAGCAUUAGGAAUCUCGAUUUUAAACCUGAUGGUAUAUGUACCAUUGUUCAGGUUAAUGAUCUCAAAAAUUCGCCGGGACUUAUCUUGUUCAAGAAAGAACUACGCCAGGCUACGAAUCAGGCUCUCCAAUUGCUUCAGGAUAAUUAUCCUGAAUUUGUUGCUAAACAAGUGUUCAUCAAUGUUCCGUGGUGGUAUGUAGCUUACAAUAGGAUGAUCAGUCCAUUCUUUACCGCAAGGACCAAGAGCAAGUUUGUAUUUGCAGGCCCUACGAAGACUGCUGAGACCCUCUUAAAAUACAUAGCACCUGAGCAAGUACCAGUUCAAUAUGGUGGCCUUAGCCGGGAGGGUGAACAGGAAUUCACCAUUGCUGAUCCUGCAACAGAGGCAACUAUUAAGCCGGCUGCAAAAUAUACCGUUGAAUUGCCAAUCACCGAGGGGUGCACGUUGGUCUGGGAGGCGAGAGUGGUUGGCUGGGAUGUUUCCUACGGAGCCGAGUUUGUGCCUAGUGCCGAGGGCGGAUACACUUGGAUUAUUCAGAAGUCGAGGAAGAUUGGACCAGCGGAUGAACCCAUAAGUAGCUGUAGCUUCAAAAUUGGUGAACCCGGGAAGGUUGUACUUACCUUCGACAACCAAACUUCAAAGAGGAAGAAGCUUCUCUACAGGUCCAAGACCAAGCCCUCUGAUUGA